AGAUGGUAUGAAAUGCUUCAACAUCUCAAGGAGCACAAGAGAAAGCACGGUCACUUCACGAUACAGACUGACGACGAGGAGAGUCUGAAGCUCAGGAACUGGAUCUUUCGUCAGAGGCAUAAAUAUAGGAUCAACAUGCUGAGUGAAGAGCGGAGGGAGGAGCUUGCUUUCCUCCCCUCACCCCAACUCCCCCCUGCCUGUCUCUGCUGCUCACUUCCAUCGCACAGGGAGUGGGCCCUGGAGGAGCUCAGCAAGAGCGAGAGGAAGGAGGUGGACAAGGGGUGGAUGAAGAGGUUUGAGUCGCUCAAGGCCUUCAAGGCAAUCCAUGGGCACACCAAGGUACCGCAGCAGUGGGACGACGACCCCAUCCUCUUCAGCUGGGUCUUCCGGCAGAGG